CCUGACACAAUUAUUUAUUGAAUCAUAUGUAACUAGUUUAUUCAAAUCUAUGUAUAAAGUGAAACCCUGUUGUCAUAGCUACAUUGAUCAAAACAUUCAUUUCCGGGUUGAGCCAGACUUCAGGUACUUUUGAACAGCGGGAUUACAAAUGACAGAACUCUUCCGGGAAGUCCGAGGAGAGGCAAACCUUGUUUCUUGGACGAAAAAUGCUAUAAAAUUGACUGACAAAGAACCACUUCAUGUCAUGAUGUUUGAUUGAUUCAUUAUCGUGCAAGAAUCUUGUAUCGACUCUGCAUCGUAUGUGAACGAGGAACAGUAUUCAGUGCAAUAAGAUUUCGUCACGACUGGACUCGGUACAAAGGAAGCCCAAUUUGAUAUACUGAAGACUUUAAAGAGACGACAUGAAAUGGUCGAAGGCAUAUUCUAUCGGUGAAUCAAAACUACAAGCUGGUGAAACUAGAGAUGCCAUAAGAUACUUUAAAAAGGCCCUGAUGAUUGCACAGAAGAAUGGCUCUAAACAGGAAGAAACUAGCACGCUAGCAAAACUGGCUGACGUUUACUGCGAUAUAGAAAAUUAUCACGAGGCUGCUGAUUACUAUGAGAAGGGACUGGAAAUAGUACAAGAGACUGGUGACAARAAACUAGAGUGUGCGAUGUGUUAUAACAUUGGCAUUGCGUGUGGUAAACUGGGAGAUUAUGAAAAGUUUAUGCAGUAUUCAAAACAAGGCUUCAAUAUUGCGUUAAGAAUCGGUGACUGUAGACUCACUGCAGAUUCUUAUGAUGGCCUUGGUCGUGCUUACAAUGACCUGUGUGACUAUCAAAAUAGUAUUAAGUGCCAUAAAAAAGCUGUUGAUAUGUACAAACAACUGAAUGAUGAAGAAGGAUUAGGGCUUUGUUAUACAAACAUGUCAUUAUCAUAUCAGAUGCUAGGAAAGUACCAUGAUGCAAUUCGUCUAUUAGAGGAGAGUCUCAGGAUAAGUGUUAAAAUUGGAAGAAAAAGAGAUCAAGCGACUGGCUUACUUAAUUUGGGAACAAUAUACAAGACCCUGAAUGAUAUUGAUAAGGCCGUUGAGAUGUACCAGAAAAGCCUCACUAUCAGCAUAGAGAUCAGUAAUAAAGGUCUUCAAGCAAAAUGUUAUCUUGGACUGGGAAAUUCUUUGAUAAAUUAUUCUAAAAUAUAUUCAGAUGCCAUUCCCUUUUUUCAGAAAUGCUUGGACAUUACUAUAGAAAUCGAUGAUAAACAAACACAAGCGACCACCUUAGUAAACAUUGGCGGAUGCUUAACGGGAUUACAUCGAUACGAAGAGGCGAAUAAAAACUACGACAUUAGUCUUGCUAUUGCUAAAGAAUUAAAUGACAAAGGUCUUGAGGCAAGUAUUUAUUAUUCUAUGGCUGAAAACAAUAUAAUCAAAAAUCAUUUUCAAACUGCAUUAAGUUUAUCGAAGAAAUGCCUUGACAUCGCUUCAACUAUCGGCAAUAAAGAACUUGAAGGUAAUGCUUGUUAUCUUCUGGGUCGAACAUACUAUUCAUUUCACAAAGAAAACCAAGGACAUCAAGCAUGUCAUAAUACUGAUGAUAAUAUAGCUAAAUCAGAAGAAUACUUGAAAAAAGCUGUUGUUUGUUUUGAUUUUUUGUUUCAACAUCUCCAUCAACGGGAUCAUUUCAAAGUCUCCAUAUUUGAUACAUUCAAUAAGGCUUACAAGCUACUCACCACCGUUCUAAUCGAGACAAAGCAACUACAAGAGGCUCUGUUAGUAUCUGAUGGUGGACGAGCACGUGCUUUAGGAGAUCAUUUGUUGUUUAAAUACGGCAUAAUUCAGCAAGAAAUGCCAUUAGCUAAGCCACUAACUUAUCCUGAUGUUGAAGCGAUCUUCUUUAAAGAUGUCUUCUCGAUACUGCAUUACAGCUUACUAAGCAACAGUUUGGCUGUGUGGGUUUUAGCYAAAGACUCACUGAUGUUCAGAGAAACUGAAAAGGAACAGUUUGAUUCUGCCAUAGAAACAUUGACUGAAGAAAAGAAAGAUGGUGAUGAAAACUCCAUUAAACGUUACUUUACUGACACUAUUACAAGAGCAUAUGAAAUGAUGAGAAUCCAAGAAAGCGUCACUUGUGAAAACAGAUCACUUGAUGAUUGCGUUACAUCGAAAUCUGAAUCUCUGUCACGUGAUGAUGGUACCAGUGAAGAGAMCCUCGAUSAAGCGUCACACCCACUUGAAAUGUUGUACAAUUGUUUAGUUGCACCUKUCCUAUCAGACGUACGACACGACGAGAUUGUCAUAGUACCCGAUGGACCAAUGUAUAGGGUACCAUUUGCAGCCCUCAGGGAUCCCAACACAGGACAGUAUCUGUCAGACACCAAACGCAUUCGUCUUGCUCCAUCAAUUGCAGUAUUAAAGACCCUAAAUGAAUGUCCAGUGGAUCAUCACAGCCAAAAAGGAGGGUUGAUUGUAGGAGAUCCUAGUGUCGGAGAGGUGAUGUUCAGAGGCAAGAAACGAUUGUUUGCAAGUUUACCUUCAGCAAAUAGGGAAGUCAGCUUUCUUUCUGCUAUGCUUAGACAGUCGACCACACUGACUGCCGAACAAGCUACCAAAGAUGCGAUUUUAGAAAAACUGAAAGAAGGCUCAGCUGUAAUUCACAUUGCUGCACACGGGAGCUGUGACAAUGGUGAAAUAGCGCUGGCACCAACUGUCUCGUCAGAAAGACAAGGUAUCCCAGAAGAAGAUGACUACCUGUUGACGAUGAAAGAAGUCCAACAAAUAGGAAUCAAAGCUCAACUUGUUGUGCUAAGCUGUUGUUACAGUGGCCGUGGGAAGAUUAGGGCUGAGGGUAUGGUUGGACUAAGUCGUGCUUUCCUUGCGGCCGGAGCUCGUUCUGUCGUAGCKUCAUUGUGGGCAAUCGAUGACAGUGUAACUUUUAGCUUCAUGGUGAGUUUUUACGGUUAUCUGACUCGAGGUGAAAGUGCGAGUGUAAGUCUUCAUAGAGCCAUGCAUGACAUUAGAAAGGAAGGCCACAGGGAUCCCAUGUACUGGGCUCCUUUCUUCUUGAUCGGUGAUGAUGUCAUCCUGAAUUUGAGAUGUGACUAUCAAAAUAGUAUUAAGUGCCAUAAAAAAGCUAUUGAUGUGUACAAACAACUGAAUGAUGAAGAAAGAUUAGGGGUUUGUUAUGGAAACAUGUCAUUAUCAUAUCAGGAGCAAGGAAAGUACCAUGAUGCAAUUCGUCUAUUAGAGGAGAGUCUCAGGAUAAGUGUUAAAAUUGGAAGAAAAGAAAACCAGGCGGGUGACUUACUUAAUUUGGGGUCAAUAUACACAACGCUGAAUGAUUAUGAUAAGGCCAUCAAGAUGUUCCAGAAAAGUCUUGCUAUCAGUAUAGAGAUCGGUAAUAAAGGUCUUCAAGCAAAAUGUUAUGGUAGCCAGGGAAAUGUUUUGCUUGAUUAUUGUAACAAAUAUUCAGAAGCCAUCGUGUAUUGUCAGGAAUGCUUAGACAUUUCAAAAGAAAUCGAUGAUAAACAAUCACAAUCGGUCGCCUUAGUAAACAUUGGCAAAUGCUUAUAUGGAUUACAUCGACACGAAGAGGCGAAUAAAAACUACGACAUUAGUCUUACUAUUGCUAAAGAACUAAAUGACAAAGGUCUUGAGGCAAGUAUUUAUCGUUCUAUGGCUGUAAACAAUAUAAUCAGAAAUCAUUUUCAAACUGCAUUAAGUUUAUCGAAGAAAUGCCUUGACAUCGCUUCAACUAUCGGCAAUAAAGAACUUGAAGGUGAAGCUUGUUAUCUUCUGGGUCGAAUAUACUAUUCAUUAAACAAAGAAAGCCAAGGACAUCAAGAAUGUCAUAAUACUGAUGAUAAUAUAGCUAAAUCAGAAGAAUACUUGAAAAAAGCUGUUGUUGUUUUGACUUUUUGUUCCUACAUCUCCAUCAACAAGAUGAUUUCAAAGUCUCCAUAUUUGAUACAUUCAAUGAAAACUACAAGCUACUCACCACCGUUCUAAUCGAAACAAGGCAGCUACAUGA